AUGUUAACUUUUGAUAUCUCGUCGAUUGUCUAUCGUCCUGUAGAAAAGCAUGAGCAACAAAAGGCAUUCGAUCUAUGGUGUCCUACCUUCAAAACCAAUUCUGAUGUGGAAGAACGUUAUUUUUUACCUGAUACAUCACCACGUUAUCAAGAAGGUGACACAUUGGGUGCAUGGCACAAUGAUAAAUUGGUGAGCACAGUGCAUAUUCGGCGUUUUACAUUACGAUCAAGUGAGAACAAUGAGGAAUAUUUAUGUGCUGGUAUUGGCAAUGUGGCUACCGUAGCCGAAUAUCGAAGACAAGGUCUGUCCCGACAUCUAUUACAAAUGGCUGUUGAUAAAAUGGAGGAAAGUAAUGAAUUUGAUAUUUCAAUGUUAAGUACGGGAAAACCAAGUCAUUACGCGUCUUUCGGGUGGGAACAAGUACCUGAACCCACUCAAGUUAUGAUCGAUUGGAAAACUAUCACUUCGUCCAGCACAAAUGUUGAAUGGCGUUCAGCAUCGGAUGUUUUAUGCCAAGAUAUUGAACUCAUGCUCAAAAUUCAUUCUAAUAGUCCGCGUAUCUAUCAGAUAGAUCGAUCUCCACCUUCAGUGUUCCAACAUUGGGUGAAAGGGAGGUGGCAAAACAAUGCAGCUAUUGUCUGCCUGUAUGAACAUGAGCAAGAACAAGGUUAUGUCGUGAUCGGCAAACCCGAUAGUGAAAAGGAUGUAUGUGUACUGGAGUGGCGAGCACCAAAUAUGAAGCUUGAACAGAAACUUUUGUCUCUAGCAGCAGCAGAGAUUCGACAACGUCAUGGGUCAACAAAACCUAUUCAUUUGUUUGCAUUGCCGCAAUACAUGUCGAUUGAUGAAUUGACUGAAUGGGCUGGUUCUGUUCAAAUUGGCAUCAAUCUAGAUUUAAUGAUGCGUAAUAUUCGAUUACCAACCGAUGUCUAUGAGAAGAUCAAGACUGCCUAUUCUAACGGCCAUGCUGUCUUUUGGUCAGGUGAUUAUUUUUGA